CUUCGCCUACUUCCACUUCACUGUGAACUCCUGUGGCACCACCAGGAAGUUUAUCAACAAUGUCAUGCUGUAUGAGAACGAAAUCUCCUUGCCAGAUGAACUUGAGGUGAAGCUGAAUGCCACGACGUCUUCAGAGGAGGAAUAUCAGUUAAAGGUUUCCUGCUACUAUGUGGCCAACAUCACUCGCACAUUGGCCUUUCUGACCAGGCCGCGUGACAACGAGCCUUUUGCCGAGACUGGGACUGGUCGACUAAUGGUCAGAAUGAGACUCGCUCAGGACGCCUCGUAUAACACGUUCCACCAGGAGGAGGACUAUCCAGUGGUGAGGUACCUUAGACAGCCUCUGCACUUUGAGGUGGAGCUGACCACGUCCUCUGAUCCCAAGGUAGCGCUGGUGCUUGACCACUGCUGGGCCACCCUCAACGAGGACCGCGACUCCCGACCCCGGUGGAAUCUCAUCAUUAAUGGCUGUGAGAACCCCGAGGAUCCAUACCGUGUGGUCUUCCACCCGGUAGAAGUUGACGCCAGGGUCCACUUCCCCUCUCACGUCAAACGCUUUGAGGUCUAUAUGUUUUCCUUCGCCGAGGAUGCGGUUGAGCAGAGUGGCCAGGUCUUUGUCCAUUGUGAUGUGGUCAUCUGUGAUGCCAGUAGUCCCACUGGCGGCCCCUGUAGUGGACAAUGUGUGAAUCAGGACAACCUGAAAAGAGGUAGGUCUUGUUUUAUGCUUUUCAGACCCUGGCAGACCAUAACUGAACUAAUAGGUUCGCUCUCUCUUCUCUCAACGGUCAACGACAUGUCAAAGACCUCUUUGAGGAGCAUCAU